AUGAAUUCUGUUACGUCAACUUCAGUUGAAAACGAGGUUAAGGAAAAUUUAGAUAACACCCAAAUUGCGGACUCAAUAUCACAUAAAGAGUCUCCGCUCACAGAUUAUGGGACAUCGCCGCCUAAUUUUGAUCUUCAACUUCCAGAUUUUACCUUGGAUGGCACUGAUGAAGUUCCCGCUAAUUUGGAAAGGAAUAUAGAUGACAGUGAUUCUUUGCGGGGGAAUGAUUUGCACAGUAGUGCAAAUGAUGAAAAGAAUGCUGAUAAGCAUGUCAACCAUGAUGUCCAAGCGUCUUUCGACUUUAGCAGCCCUAAUAAAGAAGAAGUCAAAGAAAAAGUUAAAUCGUCAGAUGAGCUGGCGCCAAAUUUAGUAAGCCAAACCGAUACACUUCAUAAGAGAGAUAGUUAUGAGAGUUCUGAAUUAAGUGAUCUUGGCGAUGACCAAUCUGAGGCAGAAACAGACAAGAUGGAUUUCUUGGAUGAUCGCGAUGUCGAGGGGCUCCCGCAACUUACAGACCUACAAGCAUUGGCACAGCUUACUAAGGAAGCCGAACUUGAAUUGGAUCUUGUAAAUGAAAAUAAGGAUGAUGAAAAGAAUGAAGCAAAUGCACAAGAAGAACGGCAAGAACAGGAUGAAAAGAAAGAACAAAAUGAGGAUAAAGAGGAAGAAGAAGAAGAAGAAGCCAAAAUAGAUGAAAAGGACAAAGAGGAUCAGAUCAAGGUUGAGAAUGCUCCCUACACAGAGGCAUUCAACGGAUCAAAGUUAGAGUCAGAGACAGUAACAAAAAAGAGAUCGCUGACGGAGGAGGAUGAGGAAGAUGAGGGAAAUACUGGGAUCAAAAACGAUACACCAUCGAAUAAAAAGGCAAAGAUUCUGGCCAAGAAUGAAAAUUACGAGGUUGAUAACUUGAGGCAAUCUGAAGAUAACACCGGAAAUGAUAGAAAUGGACAAGAAUCAUCAUCAUCAUCGAAAGAAUUGUUAAUACCUGACGAGGACAAUGAAGCAGAGGAUGAAGAGGAUGAGGAUGAGGAUAACCGAGGUCAAAAAGAUCAACUGGUCGAGGUAAUAAAGCUGGAAGAUGAUGAUGAAGCAGCAGAAGCAGAGAAAGCAGAGGAAGUAGAGGAAGUAAAGGAAGCGGAAAAAGCAGAAGAAGCAGAAGAAGCUGUAGAAGCAGAAAAAGCAGAAAAAGCAAAAGAAGUAGAAGCUGAAGAGGUAGAAGAGGUAGAAGAAGAAGCGGGAGAGGUAGAGGAUGAUGACGAAGACGAAGAAGAAGAAGAAGAUGAUGAUGAUGAAGAAGAAAAAGAUUUGGGUGUUGCUAAUACAGAGAGUAGAGAGGACGAAGAGGAACUCCGAUUGGCUGCAAUUAAGGAGCUAACGUCCAUAGAAGCCUACUUUGCUGAAGUUCGUGAUCAAUUAUACGAGAGCAAAUUAAAAAUUCUUGAAACUGAGUUGGAUCUUUGCAUACAAGGUCUGCACCCCCAACUAGAGAAAAUCUACCAAAGGGUCAAUGAGAUCCACCAGGAUUCGGUGGCGUUGAUUGACUGUAACUUGAAAUAUAAACUACGAUGUAUCGAUCGAGAAACAAAAGCAACACGAACAUCGAUCCAUCAAGAUUUCCUCAAAAACCUCAUGAAUGUGAAUCAGGGUCUAAUAACAAAGACCACCACUAAAUGGUAUAGGAUCAACAAGGAACGAAAUCAACUAGAUCAACUAGUCGAAAAUUACAACUUUUCUGCUAUACCGGAAAAAAGUACGGGAAUGCUGCCACUUGAAGUGUCAUCAGCUAUGGAUAACGGUACACCAAAACUAAAGAAAACAUUGAAACAAAACAUUAUUGUUGAGUUAGUUCAGCAGAGAAACAAUCUUAACGAGCAAUUGGGUAUUUUGAAUGGCUUGGUCGAGUUUUAUGGGUUUCCGUCGGCUAUCAAUCUGAGUAUGGAAAACACGGACGAGCAAGCAUCUAAGGAGUUACUACUAAGAAAAGCAUCACCUGAAGAGAUAAAUGAAGAUUUAAAGGCAAUGGGGAUUUUGACAUAA